CAGUGCUAUACUCGGAAUAAUGAUGUCUAUCGAGGGUCAACUUCUACCACCCAGUCUGGUUUAACAUGCCAAUCAUGGAGUUCACAGUAUCCUCAUUCUCAUCCUUUUACUCCAUCAAAUUAUUCUAACAGCGAUCUUAUAUCUAAUUAUUGUCGAAAUCCCGGUGGAGUGCGCAAUGGUCCAUGGUGCUAUACGAUCUCUUCCCAUCAUUCUUGGGAAUAUUGCAAUAUACAACUUUGCGCUUCUCCACCUAGCAGCACAGCAGAGUCUUGCUAUACUGGUAAUGGCGAAUUUUAUCAUGGAACGAUUAGGACAGCUGUUGGGGGACUCUCGUGUGAACCUUGGAGUCUAUUCAAUACUACCUUUAAUAAUCAAACUGGAAAUAAUUUUGUUAAAAAUUACUGCCGUAACCCUAUCGGAAUGGUUCGAAAUCGGCCUUGGUGCUAUACCAACUCGACCACAGGCCAAUGGAAAUACUGCAAUGUAGAAAAAUGUAUUCGUCUUCCGAUUUCUGGUUCAACCUAUCCCCUUGGAAGUUAUCAUGGUGAGUUUUACCGUGGAACAGAAAAUUACGCCAGAAAUGGCAGCGUUUGCCAAAAUUGGCAUUCUUUUAAUUUGACCACUAGCUACGCCACUGCUAACCAUUUAAUGUCAAACUAUUGUCGGAAUCCCCUUGGAUCGACUCGAAAUCAUCCAUGGUGCUUUACAGAUACUUUAACACGUCAGUGGCAAUACUGUAAUAUUUCUAGAUGCAAUCCAUUGCUCAUUCCUACUCCAGCCUAUCCCAGUCCACCUUUCGAAAGGAUAGAUACUAAAACAACUUGCUAUACCAAUAACGGCGAAUUUUAUCGGGGCUCCAUCAGUACAACUGAGAAGGGCCAGCAAUGCAUAUCCUGGAGUUCUAAAUCGCUUGUGGAUUCACAGUUUCACCAAACUAAUUAUUCUCAUCCGACUUUGGUAUCCAACUACUGCAGAAAUGUAAAUGGAACAAAACAAAAGCCUUGGUGUUAUAUCCAUGAAUCGAACAACAAAUGGCAAUAUUGUAAUAUACCAAAAUGUAAU